AUGAUGUAUCUUCCUCAAGCUUCACUUCUAUUCUUAAAUACAUUUAUUUUUAUUUGUGGAGAAGUUAUACAAGGUAACUGUGUACAUCAUUCUACGGAUUCUCCAGGAGUCAACACUGUAGAAGAUGUAUCUAAUGCAAAAGAUGAGAGUAAAAGUAAUGAUACUGUUUAUAAGGAAGACUGUGAAGAGUUGUGUGAUGUUAAAAUUAAAAUUACACGAGAAGAAAAACAUUUCAUGUGUAGAAAUUUGCAAAAUUCUAUUGUUUCCUACACACGAAGUACCAAAAAACUGCUAAGAAACAUGAUGGAUGAGCAACAAACCUCCUUGGAUUAUUUAUCCAGUCAGGUUAACGAGCUCAUGAAUCGAGUUCUCCUUCUGACGACAGAAGUUCUCCGAAAACAGCUGGACCCUCUUCCUCACAGGCCAGUGCAGUCACAUGGUUUAGAUUGUACUGAUAUUAAAGACACCAUUGGCUCUGUCACCAAAACACCAAGUGGUUUAUAUAUAAUCUACCCGGAAGGAUCUAGUUACCCAUUUGAGGUGAUGUGUGACAUGGAUUAUAGAGGAGGCGGAUGGACUGUGAUACAGAAAAGGGUUGACGGGAUCACUGAUUUCCAGAGGCUGUGGUGUGAUUAUCUGGACGGAUUUGGUGACCUUUUAGGUGAAUUUUGGCUAGGACUAAAAAAGAUUUUUUAUAUAGUAAAUCAGAAAAACACCAGUUUUAUGCUGCAUGUUGCAUUGGAAUCUGAAGACGACACAUUUGCUUACGCAUCAUAUGACAACUUUUGGCUAGAAGAUGAAACAAGUUUUUUUAAGAUGCACUUAGGACGGUAUUCAGGAAAUGCUGGUGAUGGAUUCCGGGGCUUCAGAAAAGAAGAUAACCAAAAUGCAAUGCCUUUCAGCACAUCGGAUGUCGAUAAUGACGGAUGUCACCCUGCAUGCCUGGUCAGUGGUCAGUCUGUGAAAAGCUGUAGUCGCCUCAGUAACAACACUGGCUGGUGGUUCAGCCAGUGUGGUCUGGCAAAUCUAAACGGCAUUCAUCGCUUCCCUGGAAAAUUGGUCUCGACCGGGAUUCAGUGGGGCACAUGGACCAGAAACAAUUCCCCUGUCAGGAUUAAAUCUGUUUCAAUGAAAAUUAGAAGAGCAUACAAUCCAUAUUUUAAGUAA